UCUAGUUGCAUUAUGGUUUCAAUAGUUUCACAUCUCAUGGUCUAGUGAUUUUCACUUAAAAUUUAAACAGCGUAAAUAAAAGCUUAAGCAAUGGCUAAACCUAAACCCGAAGAUGCAGCUGAAGACGCCAAAAAGAUCGUGGACGAGGCGAAAAAUUUCAUUGAAAAAGCUGUUGCUGAUAUUGGAAAGACAUCUGCAACUAAACAGCUAAUUUUAGGAACUGCGUCAGGAUGGGUCACAGGCUUCAUCACUAUGAAAAUUGGAAAAGUGGCUGCUGUUGGAUUAGGUGGAAGUGUAAUUUUACUACAUAUUGCCAGCCAGAAGGGAUAUAUUGAUAUCAACUGGGACAAAAUUAACAAGAAAGUUGAUAAAAUUAGUGACAAAAUUGAGAAAGAAACAACAGGGAAGUCUCCUGAUUGGUUUGAAAAAGCCGAGCGCUUUGUUGAUCGUAAAUUGGAUAAAGCAGAAGGACUGUUGAAAAAGAAGGAACUUAAAGCAAAACGCUGGUACAGCAAUUUUACAGAUGAUGGAAGUUAUCGCGCAACUGAAAGCCACGUGUUUUUAGCAUCCUUUGUCGCUGGCAUGGCAGUAGGCUUACUUUGUGGCAAAUAAUUGAAAUCAUUAACAAAUGUAUAAUAUCCACUCCACUUGCAUAUUUAGUAAUUUAAGUAGGUAUUGUCUGGGGCAGGCGCUUACACCACUUUUACGAUACCUUGCGGUGUUCGAAAUAAGCCCUAUGAACACUGAGCUCUGCGAAUGUCUCUACGAAUAUGAGUAGAGUAAGCAACUCAUAGGCCUCAUAGCCCAUUUUCCCUGAGAUCAGUAAUAUUUAUGAAUGUUUUCCUCGAUUUCUUCGUAAAAAUAGUAUGUAAUGAUACUUCUAAAAAUUGUGUUUAAAUAUUGUACCUAGUACUAGAGUCAAUAAAUUAUUGUAGAUAUAAUAUGUUAUCGUUUACUUAAGUCGUCAUUGUCGUGGUUGUAAUAUGUAAGUAUAUUAUUAAACUCUGUAAAAAAGUGUAA